AUGGAAAAAUAUGAAAACAUCAAGCAAGUGGGAGAAGGAGCAUUUGGACAAGUAUUCAAGUCAAAAAGAAUAUCAGAUGAGGAAAUAGUAGCGAUUAAAAAGAUGCCUGUGGAUAAAGAAACUGGGUUUCCAUUCACUGCCAUCCGUGAGAUAAAGCUAUGCAAAGCAAUGUGUAACAAACACAUUGUCAAGCUAAACGAAAUUAUUUUUGAGGAUGGCUUUGUUUUUGUUGUGCUUGAGUAUAUGCCUUAUGACUUGACUGGGCUUCUUGCAUCAGGUGCAGACCUGAGUGUUGAUCAUACAAGGUCGAUUCUAGCCCAGCUUAUAGAAGCAGUGAGUGCAAUGCAUGCAUUACGACUGGUCCAUAGAGAUAUAAAACCGAGUAACAUCCUUAUAGACCGGUCUGGAGUGCUAAAGCUUGCAGACUUUGGAUUGACAAGAGAGGUAUCAGGAAUGAUGACUAACAGAGUUUGCACGCUUUGGUACAGAGCACCAGAACUUCUUCUUGGAGAGACAUCGUACGGAUUCAAAGUUGAUGCCUGGUCAAUAGGUUGCAUAAUGCUAGAAAUGAGACUACGCAGGCCUCCUUACCGAGGUUGUGACGAAGUGUCUCAAAUCAGAUUGAUUUUUGAUGAUCUAGGAAUUCCAAAGGACAAAUACAAAUGGACAGACAUGUUUGAAGUGGAAGGCUAUUCAAAGCCAAAACCCACUAGGGAAAUCAUAUCUCAGAAAUACGGACAUCUAUUCAACGAAGAAGAGCUUGAGGUUCUUUCUGGAUUCCUGUGCCCCACCAGCAGAGAAAGACUAACGGUGAUCAAUGCCAGAGAAUUUCCUAUCAUCUCAAGCUUUAAAAACACAUAUAUUCCCAUGGACUUUGAAGAGUCUCAUGAGCUUUAUACAAAAUACAAGAAAGAAACAAGCAAGCCUUAA